AUGGAUAAAAGAGAUAAGAGUUGGAUGAAUCUUCCUAGAUAUAGUGAUAAAUAUAUGAAUGGGGUAAAUGAUUUUCUUGACAAGGCAUUUUCCUUGGCAGCUCAUGGGAAUGUAAUUUUAUGCCCAUGCAAAAAGUGUCAUUUACGUUAUUGGUAUUGUAGAAACACAGUAUAUGAACAUUUGAUUAUUGAUGGAAUAACUCCAGGAUAUAAUGACUGGUAUUUUCAUGGUGAAGUACUAGAUUCAAGUAUGAAUAUAGAUGACAUGGGCCAAUCUGACAAAAGGGAUAUGGGUGAUGAUAUAGAUGGAUUGUUGCAUGACACUUUUAGGGGUGUAAUCAAUGAAGAUAUUCCAUGUAACCAAGAAUUUAGAGAGGGUCAAACAGAUGAGGCUAAGAAAUUCUUUAAAUUAUUGGAGGAAGGGAAAGAAGAGUUAUAUCUGGGUUGUCAAAAUUUUUCAAAGUUAUCUUUCACUAUUCGCUUAUACCUUUUGAAAUGCAUCCAUGGAAUCAGUAAUGUGGCGAUUACUAAUAUUCUAGAGUUACUUAGAGAGGCAUUUCCUCAUGCAAAAUUGCCUACAUCUUUUAAUGUAGCUAAGAAAAUGGUGAAAGACUUAGGGCUUGAAUAUCAAAAGAUACAUGCAUGUCCUAAUGAUUGCAUGCUCUUUUGGGAUGAGAAUGAGACAUUAAGCUCAUGUAAGGUAUGUGGUGCAUCUAGAUGGAAAUCCAAUGGAAAUGUUGUAGGGAAUAGUCAGGAAAGGUUAUCUAAAAAAGGGUAUCAAAUCCCUAAGAAAGUUUUUAGAUAUUUUCCAUUGAUUCUUAGGCUUCAACGGUUGUUUAUGUGUAAAAAAACUGCUGAUUGCAUGACAUGGCAUGAAAAAUAUCGUACUAAAGAUGGAAAUUUAAGGCAUCCAGCUGAUGGUGAAGCUUGGAAGAAAUUUGAUUCAUUGUAUCCUCAUUUCGCACAAGACCCUAGAAAUGUGAGGUUGGGUCUCUCGAGUGAUGGAUUCAAUCCAUUUAGAACAAUGAGCAUUACAUAUAGCACAUGGUCGAUCAUUUUGAUUAAUUAUAAUUUGCCUCAAUGGCAUUGCAUGAAACCAGAAUAUUUGAUUUUGUCAUCAAUUAUUCCAGGACCAUCUUCUCCUGGUCAAGAUAUUGAUAUCUACAUGCAACCGUUUAUUAAAGAAAUAAGGCUACUUUGGGAAAUUGGUGUAGAUACUUAUGAUGCUUCCACUAAUCAAACAUUUAAAAUGCGUGCAUGCUUGUUAUGGACUGUUAGUGACUUCCCAGCAUAUGCAAUGCUUUCUGGGUGA